AUGCAGACCGCGGUUGCAGCAGAGCUGGAGCGAAUUGCAGAGCUGGUGGUUACCGAACAAAGCAGUGAGGAGGGGGGCGAUGGGCUUCGGACUGAAGUGGUGAUUGUGGAGGGGGAGGGGGAUGAUGUUGUAGGCCGAGUUGUGCAGGAUGGGGGUGAUGUUGUGGAUAACCAGGAGGUGGUGCCUGUUGCUGGUCUGUCGGCUCAGCUACAUGGGACGUUAGAGGUUGUGCUGGAGGUGGAGCAGGGGCUGGUGCGUGGUGACGAAGUGCAGGAAGGGUAUGUGUCUGACGAACCUGAUGUUCAGGGCUGCACGGCAGCAGGGAAUUUGUCUCCAAGAGGAAUAGGAGUGGCAGCUGAACGGCUUCACGUGGCCCAGCUAGUGGAGCACCCCUGUCAAGUAGUUGAUGAUAAUUUUCAGACGGCCAAGACUAGAGCUAAAGGGCUGCGGGCCAAAUUUCCUUCGGAUAGGGAGCUUCGCUCUACGUCUCAUGUGAAUGUGUCUCGUGCUGAGGAGUUUCGUAUUAGAUUAGGUUUUGAUUGUGUUCGAACUCAUUCGUCGGGGUUGUUGUGGGUGUUUUUUAAUUUACCUUUUGUGGGUUUUGUGACGACUGAGGGGGAUCAAUUUUUAUCACUGGAAAUUAGUCAUCCUCAAUUGUCAGCUCCACUUACUGUUACUGCUGUUCAUGCUGCAUCUACGGGAGAGGAAAGGAGGGUUCUUUGGGACGGGGUGUUGCAUUGUCAGCCGCAUCAGAGGCCUUGGAUUGUUGUUGGAGAUUUCAAUGUGGUCGUUGAACCGUGGGAAAAAAGAGGUGGGCGGCCUUUUAGGGUGGCGGAGGCUAGAGAUUUUGUUGAUUUUAUGGCCUCUGCGGGUUUGUUUGAUGGGGGUUUCUCAGGGUCGAACUUUACUUGGUGCAAUAACCGUCACGGUAGAGCGCGAAUUUGGAAGCGGUUGGAUCGUGUCUUACUGAAUGAGGCAUGCAUGGAUUUACAUGUUUCUGUCACAGUUGAUCAUUUGGCGCGGCACCCUUCGGAUCAUGCCCCGUUGCUCAUGGCGGUAUCUACUCGGUUGGAUAGCAAACCUCGGUGUUUUAGGUUCAUUAACGCUUGGGCUGCCCAUAAGGAGUUCUUGGGGGUGGUGAAGCAGUCUUGGGAGCAGGAGUGUGAGGGACCUCCGUUGCACGUCCUUUGUUCAAAGUUACAACGUGUAAAGAGGAGUAUUCAAGCGUGGAAUAGGGACAAAGUUGGGAAUUUUUCUGACAAUGUUAGGAAGGCAGAGGCGGAAGUGGCUCGAUUGGACCAAUGUAUGGUAGGCGGGGGUUCUGAGAACGAUCAACUGCAGUUACACCAGGCCCAGGCUCGGCUUAGUCGUGCGUUGGCCAUGGAGGAGGCCCUAUGGAAGCAGAGGUCUAGAGUCAAAUGGUUGCAGUUGGGGGAUAGGAACACCAGCUUUUUCCACGCGGUGGUGAAGCAACGGCGCAUGCAAGCAGUGAUUCAUGGGGUCCAGGAUGCCAAUCAAGAGUGGGUGACUGAGGACGCGCGUAUCGGGGCUGAAGCAAUUAAGUACUUCUCGUCUCUUUUUUCGAUGGAAGAGGCUCCAGCAAGUUCAGAGGUACUUGGGGUCAUCCCAAAGUUGUUGUCGGAGGAUGACAAUGAGCAGUUGCAGAAUAUGCCAUCCUUUGAGGAAGUGCGGGACGUGGUUUUUGCGAUGGACGGGGAUAGUGCCGCCGGGCCGGAUGGGUUCACUGGGAAAUUCUUUACCUCUUCCUGGGAUAUUAUUGGCAGAGAUGUGUAUAGGGCGGUGCUAAACUUUUUCUGUGGUGAGGAGCUUCCACGACAGGUUACUGCUACCUCCAUAAUUCUUUUGGCCAAGGUAGCACGGACGAAGAGUUUUUCUGAGUUUCGACCGAUCAGUUUGUGUAACUUUGUGGACAAGAUUUUGUCGAAGAUUCUAGCAGCUCGACUUGCGCCUAUCCUUCCCAAGAUCAUUUCUACGAAUCAAAGUGGUUUCGUUCGGGGACGGUUAAUUUCGGAUAAUUAUUUGCUAGCUCAGGAACUAUUGUCUAAUAUGGGUAGCAAGGUACGGGGAGGGAAUGUGGCAUUGAAGUUAGACAUGAUGAAAGCUUAUGACCGGGUAGUAUGGCCUUUUUUGAUCAAUGUGCUUAGGGCUUUUGGGUUUGGAGAGCAGUGGAUUGAUAUGGUUUGGCGGCUCAUUUCGAAUGUCUGGUUUUCAGUGGUUGUCAAUGGGGCGCUGUUUGGCUUCUUUAAGUCAGCUCGGGGGUUACGUCAAGGAGAUCCGCUUUCCCCUGCUUUGUUUAUCAUUGGAGCCGAGGUGUUGUCGAGGUCGCUGAAUAGUUUGCCGUGUUUCCGAGGGUUUCAUGGGUUUUCCGUUCCAAGGGGGUGCCCUCUAGUGACUCACUUAGGAUAUGCGGAUGAUGUGCUGGUUUUCUCCAGUGCGUCUGCGGGAUCCUUAAAGUUAGUAAAGCGGGUGUUGACAAACUAUGAGGCUGUGUCUGGGCAACGGAUUAAUGCAGGGAAAAGUUGUUUCUUGGUGCACCCAAAGGUAGGCCUAUCCAGGAGGAUGGCCAUUCAGAGGUUAACUGGUUUCAUGUAUAAGCCUUUCCCGAUUAAAUAUCUAGGGUUCCCCCUCUAUUGCGGGCGCCGGAAGAAAGAGUUUUUUGGGGGUUUGUGUCAAGCAGUCCUUCUUCGUAUUCAGUCCUGGCAGAACAGGGUGUUGUCUCAGGGAGGGAAGAUAGUGUUGUUGAAGCAUGUCCUUUCAUCUAUGCCGAUUCAUCUGUUAAUGGCGGCUUCUCCUCCCAAAGCUAUUUUCCAAGAGCUUGAGGGCAUGUUUGCUAAUUUCCUUUGGGGAGCUUCAGAGGGGGGUCCCAAGUAUCAUUGGAUUCGCUGGCAGGACCUGUGUGUGCCACAAGACGCAGGGGGGGUUGGUCUGCGCCAAUUGGAGGAUGUCUACAAAUCUUUCUCAAUCAAGUUGUGGUGGAAUUUUCGGGCAAAAACAUCCUUGUGGGCUCAGUUCAUGCAAGCUAAGUUUUGUCGGGCGGUGCACCCUAAUCUGGUGUUUGAUGGCAAAGGGUCAGAGGUGUGGUCACGGAUGGUGAAAGUGCGGAAUAUCGCUGAGAGGCAUAUCGGAUGGAUUGUUCGUUCCGGGAGUGCUAAUUUUUGGUUUGACAAUUGGCUUGGUUCAGGAGGUUUGUCAGACCGGCUGGAGAGCGUGUCCGACAAUAAGAUUGUGGAUUUUGUGAAACAGGCUACCUGGGAUGUUAGAAGUAUUGCACAAUGGGUGCCUUCGGAGAUAGUUGCUGAGAUUGUUCGAGUUGACCCACCUGCCGGCCACUUGCCUGACCUCAUGGUUUGGAGACCAGAGCAUUCGGGAUGUUUCACAAUAAAGUCAGCUUUCAACUUGGUCCGACGUCAGUCCUCCCCCUCGCCACUAUUCAAAUGUAUUUGGCAUCAAGGUGUGCCAUUGAGAAUUUCAUUCUUCCUGUUACGCCUCCUGCGGGAUCGUCUUCCCUUAGAUGGUACCUUAUGGAAGUUGGGGAUUCAUGGACCGUCGCGAUGCGUGUGUUGUGCUUCUCCUGAGGUCGAAACUACGGAGUAUGUGUUUGCUACUGGGGAUUUGGCGCGACAAGUGUGGCACUUCUUUGGGGAUUCGGUUGGAGUUGCCUGGACUGGGCUGGCCUUUCGAGUCUGUAUGGCGGCCUGGUGGCAGGGGAAGCGCGGAAAUAAGUUUCUGAAAUUUAUUCAUCUUGUUACUCCCUUGUUGAUUUGCUGGCACAUAUGGAAGGCUAGGAAUGGCAUGAAAUAUGAUGGUCAGAAGAUCGAGGGGGUUCGGAUAUGUCAUGCCAGGUCUUACAUGCUAGUUAGUUGGGUAAGGCCUUCUCAUGGGGGCCUCAAGCUCAACACAGACGGGUGCUCCAAGGGUAACCCGGGGGAGAGUGGGGGUGGGGGUGUGCUUCGGGAGGCUAGUGGUAGGCUGAUCCUGGCGUUUUUGUGUAAUUUUGGGUUGGCUUCGAGUAUGCAGGCUGAGGCCCGGGCUCUUCUUUUUGGGGUCAGGUUAUGCCUCCAGCGGGGUUUUGAUUCAUUUGAGGUUGAGCUGGAUUCCUUGGUGCUAGUGCAGGUUUUAAAUCGGACAUCUCGGUGCCCUUGGAGUAUUUAUAAGGAGGUUUAUCAGUUGUUUGGGCUGUUGCAUCACGUUCCACGAGUUCGUCACUGUUAUCGCCAGGCUAACCAGGUGGCAGAUACAUUGGCCAGUGAAGGGUGUCGGCUGGGCCGGGAGGAGAUAUACUUGGCAGCUUCAGCAUUACCCCAAAUUGCGAGAGGAGCUUUCCACUUAGAUAGGUUAGGAGUUGCGGCUCUUCGCCGGAUGGAAUGA